AUGUUGUCGGCGUUCGCGGAUGUGAAGCCUUACGUGAAGGUGUCCAGCACCAACAAAGUUCGGUUCGACACAACCGUGAACAAGCUUCACUAUCGUGCAACUGUCGUGUUUUUAAUGCUCUGUUGCAUCCUUGUUGUCAUCAACGACUACAUCGGCAAAACGAUAGAAUGCAUUUCAAAGGGAGGCGCAGCUAACAACGCUGUCACGACUUACUGUUGGAUCAGUUCGACUUACACGCUGCCCUCGGAACUUGACAAAGAAACCGGAGUCGGUGUUGCCCAGCCGGGGGUUGGACCAGAACAGCAUGUUACGCAAAUUGCAAACGAAAACAAGGUGUACCACGCUUAUUAUCAAUGGGUUCCAUUCAUGCUUCUGUUCCAAGCAAUUCUCUUCUACAUUCCUCAUUUUAUUUGGAAAUUCAUGGAGAACAGCAUGUUACGCAAAUUGCUUGACAACCUGACUGGAGAACGCAUCGAGGGUCGUCAGAAGAACCCGAAUGAUGACGAACAAGAAGAAGAUGAGGAUUUCGAAGAACCAUCUAAAGGCGAUGAUGACGAUGGUGACAAGCUGGGAUUGAUGCCAAAGAAAUUCAAGCCCACAACCGAAGCCGGCAAAAAAAUCCUGCUGGUUGCCCAGUACAUGAAAAGUACCAUGAAUCAGCACGUGACGCUUUACGCCAAAUUUGUGCUUUGCGAACUUUUGUGCUUUAUUGUGGUCAUCGUCAACAUUGUGCUGACCGACACAUUCUUGGGUGGCGCAUUUUCCAAAUACGGUACGGAAGUGUUGACCUUCAUCAACACGGACGACGAAUUUAGAACUGAUCCGAUGACCAAGAUCUUCCCUCGAAUCACGAAAUGCAACUGGCACUCCUACGGACCUUCAGGAUCCAUUCAAACACACGACGUCCUCUGCGUCCUCGCCAUCAACAUCAUCAACGAAAAGAUCUACGUUUUCCUCUGGUUCUGGUUCAUCCUCCUAGCAGUGCUCACUGGUGUGCAGCUUGUCAGACGAGUGAUCGAAAUGGUCUCAUCUGCUUAUCGAAUGCGGGGUUUGCGACGCGCUAAAAAUAGCAAAAACGAGAAAAAAUACCUCGAUGCGUUGGAGAAGCAGUUGAAUGUCGGAGACUGGUUUAUUUUGAAUGCGGCCAAACAAACGAUGUUGCCCGAUUAUUACAAAAAGUUGUUGAGGGCCUUGCACGAAGAACUCGAGGGAAUAGAGUUGGAAAAUAUCCCCAGAUCGUCGUCGAACCCGAUGUAUCCAACUCUGAAAAGCAUGAGGAAACGUUUUGCUGGUACAAAAGAACCGUCUGAAGGAUACCAUGUGUAA